AUGUCGUAUUUUCUUCGAGAAUUCGUCCCUCGUGAUUCAUCCUCGACGUUGAGCAUUCCAUCACCUCAGAAGGUUUCGGAACAGUACGGACGUCUUAUCAAAAAGUACUAUCCUGUGCGAUCGAAUGACAGCGUUUUGCGGGUACCAUUGCUGAAAGAUAGUGAUGAAGCUCAACGAGUUGCUAAUGUUAGAGCAACUGUUGAAGAAGUACGUUCGCAAGUAAAUGAAAAUGCUGAGCAAGAUGCUCGCAUAUACGGAGAUUUAUUGGAAAAGAAGGAAAUAGUGGAAAAUGCAAGCAAUUCCAAUCGUAUGGAAAACUUACGUGGUGGAGUAGAGCGUAGUGAUCAUGCAACGGGUACUCAGUUGGUGUGCGUUGGCUUGUCAUGCGUUUUCGAUGUUCUCCGACAGUUAAGCCGAAAAGAUUCAGAGCUUUGUGUUCAGGCACUUGAUUCGCUUAUGGCUUUAUUGCAGAACUUCAACUCUUCGUGCGAUGAGCUACAAGUACCUGAGAAUCUGCACCGAUUAAGUGUUAUGAUUCAGCACAAGGCCUGUAAGGGUUCCGAAGCCGAGUAUGUGGUUCUACCCACAGACUGUAUGCAGACGGCUUUGUUUUCUGAUGAUCAAACGGCCGACUUUCACAUCGGAAAGGAUAUAUCUUUUUUACAGUCAAAAUCAGGAAAAAUUUACUACGCUGGAAAUGGGAUUAAUUAUGGCUUGCAAGAAACCGGUACGACGUGGAUGGAGCUGGUAUUACCUGAAAGCAUUGUAGAAAUGUCAGUGGGUGCGGAGUAUGCUUUGUUUCGUGCAGGAAGCGGACACGCAUGGAUCGCUGGUGGUGAUGAUGGCAGACGCACUGGAAAACUGAGAAGGUUGUUAACAAUGAAUAGGAGAAAGACCCAGUCCAUUAGCUGCGCAGCUGGUAGUUACGGCUACGUCACCGAUAAUGGACGAGUCUAUGUUGGCGGUCGACAUGGUAUGAGUGUUUAUCCUGAAACUGGACAAAUCCUUGGAUUGGAUGGGACGCAUAUAUCAUCAAUCGUACUAGGAAAGACACACGCUGUGGCCGUAUCGAAGCAGGGCUAUGUUUACACUUGGGGACUGAAUAAUCUGAACCAGUGCGGAAGAGUUGAGGAUCUUCCAUCGUACUGUGCUCAAUGCGGUCUUUGUUCAGCACGUGGUUCAGCUUGUCCAUUGCAAGAUUUUGCUGGGAAGGCGGUGACAUGCAGUUGUGGACCGGGCGAAACAACUUGUCUUAGAUGCGGUGUUUGUCGUACUUGUGGCGAAUCUACUCAACCUCGACCGGAUGGUGACCAACCUGCUCGAACUUACCUUACCCCAGCUCGUGUGAACAUCGUAAAAGCUCAGCAGAACGUAAAGGUUUAUUUGAAAAUUUUAUACAGUACAUCUCUUGGCUGCCAGGUAUCAUCAGUGAGCUGUGGUAAUUUCCAUACGGUACUAUUGGCCGCAGAUGGCUCAGUGUUCUCAUUUGGUUCUAACUGCCAUGGUCAGCUAGGCACUGGGGAUAUCAACAGCAAAAUAGAGCCACAAUUGGUUCUUCUGCCGUCAGAUGUUCAAGUGGCUCAGGUUGCUGCCGGUGCCAACCAUACCGUUUUGCGAACUACGCUAGGAGCGGUUUACACUUUUGGCGCUCAUAGGAUGGGGCAAUUAAUUCGGUUCGACCUUGCUAUUAAAUUAAAUUUUGGAAGAUUUUCAACUUAUGGAGUAAAUAUUUUUAGGCCGUCAAAUGAGGAUCAUUACUGGCACGCUGUGCCUGGCAGGGUUCCAGGAUUUGGUCCAGGUUGUGAAUCGUUUGCAACUUGGAUUGGGGCUGUCGGUGAUGUUACGCUAAUACAUAGUCACACUGUUCUUUUACACCCAGAGGACAUUAUCGGCGCACAGCUGGUGGCAAGCAAGCGUGAUCUAUUCAUUUUCCCACGACAAGUUGGCAAGGAAUAUUUGGCAAUCCAUAGGAAACACGGUAAUUUUUCGCAUCAUAGUUUGGGACCAUGCGGAUUAUAUACCAGUUGGUGCUUGGAGUCUCAGUACGAUAUUCUUUGGUCGUACAACGCAGCUGAGAUGCGAGUACAAGCAAAUUCUGUGCAUUUGAGUACACCAAAAGAAAUCCAUCCUGAUGGUUUGAAUUCUUUGGCAUUCUUACAUUCUCCCGAAUGGGCAGUACCACUAGAGAACCCCUCAACUUGCUCAUCUGUACAGUUAGGAAUGUCGCUACUUAGUUGCACUUAUUCGGCUAUGAUUAUUACUAAAGGAAGACUUUGGAAUGAGAAGGAUUUCAUAACUUCUCCCGAACAUGGCGAAUCGAGAGCCAUUGGUCGUUCAGUGGUUUGUCGAUUUGAUUCUACAGGAGGAGGGUGGGGGUAUUCUCCACAUUCUAUUGAAGCCAUUCAAGUAAAAACGAACAAGGAAGUACGCCUACUUGGUAUUGGCUUGUAUGGCGGUCGAGGAGAAUAUAUUGCAAAGUGGGGUGAUAAUUGGUUUUCCAAUACUUGUGUAGUGAAAUUUAGUUCAGUUGCAAUAAAGAUUUUCCGUCUGCCAAGCGAUGGAUCGGAUGAACAGUGUGCAGAGCUCUUAUCCGAAUCGGAUGAAACACUUUAUGAUUGUGGACAACGAGAAGCAGCUGCGUUGAUGCUUGCGCAACCAGUGCUCAUGAGGGCCAAUCACUGGCAUGUCGUUAGUGCAAAAAUCAGUGGUCCAUCGUCUGAUUGCGGCGCAACUGGUCGUCGAGUAGUUGAGUCUAGUGACGACGUGAUAUUCACCUUUCGUAACUCAGCAAUCUCCAAUAAUGGUACGGAUGUUGCCUCGUUUCCUGGUGAUGGACCAUCUUUUGCGAACGAAAAACGGGAUGAGUAG